AAAACUGAUUAAUUCUUUGGCGUGCUUCUUCACCAAACAAUCAACGGACGAAACGCUUCUGUAAUUGAUAACUGGUCUAACAUGAGCUUGAGACGGGUUGAAGCAUUGGCCUUGGGUUGAAGUUAACUGAACCAAGUAGUUGGGUGAUUUGCCCAAGUCACUUGGGUUAGUUCGUGGCGAAAUUCCUAAAAGAACGAGGGAAAGACUAAAAAGCAAAAACGGCAAACUGUUCCAGCGAACAGAAAAUUAAGAUGAAUGCAACAACAACAACCACCAACGCCUUGGCAGAAACUGUGGUGGAGUCACCGCACAGCCUGACGGUUAUCUGUGGCAGGGAAUUUUGGAAUGUCACGUCAGCGUGGGAGUCUGAUUUACCGGACGUUGGGCUUUGCUUGGAGAGGACUCUUCUCAUUUGGAUUCCCUGCAUAUUUCUGUGGGCCUUGUCCCCCUUUUAUAUAUCUUUGCUUCGAAGGAGGGGCAAUCUUUACAUGCCGUGGACAAAGCUUUUCGUUGCAAAAACUGCAGUGAGCGUGCUGCUCAUAGCAGCUGGAGCAACGGAGCUGGCAUGGGACUUCAAGCUCUUGAGUGAGGGGUUAUCACCUCCGCUGAAUGAAUACCUGGCACCUGCGAUGCUACUGUUAACUUACAGCCUCCAGUUCUUGCUUCUUACAAUGGGGCGUCGCCAUGGGGAGAGAAGCAGUCCUCUCAUCUACGUCUUUUGGCUUCUGAUGGUGCUCUGUGGUGCUCCCCAGGUCUUUACGACGAUCCAGUACACGAUAAACCAGGAUGACAGACUUCAUCUUCUGAUGGCAGUGACAUUUCUGAUUGAAUAUAGUGGUGCGGUGGUUCUCUUUGUAGCCAACUGCUUUGCAGAUCAAAGACCUGAUUUUACUGAUUCCUCGAAAAACAAGAAUCCCAUGCCAUCAAAGAGCGCUUCCUUCAUCAGCAAAGUUACUUUUCACUGGGUAAACAAUGUGAUUUGGAAGGGUUGCAGAUCCACACUGAGUUCAGAUGACGUCUGGGAUCUGCCAUCCAUGAUGUCAACAGACUCUCUCGAUCAAAAAUGGGAUGAGGCGUGGGAACGAGAGACUAAGAAGCAAAGAAGUAACUCCUCGUCAAAAGUGGACUCUGAAACUGGCGUCAAAGUGUCGGUCCUGCGCGUACUUCUGAGACGCUUCGGCCUACAUUUGAUCCUAGUGGGUGCCUUGUACUUGUUUUCGGAAUCCCUCGUAUUUGCUAGUCCAAGAAUUCUCAGGGUCUUGAUUCAGUUUACCACGAGCCUAGACGAACCAGCGUGGCACGGAUACUUCUACGCCCUUCUUCUUCUGUCAGUGAUGCUUCUAAACACUCUGAUCAAGAACAUCUUUUUCUUUUUGACGCAGAUGAUUUCCAUCCAGAUUCGGUCGUCUGUCAUGACAGCCGUUUAUCGGAAAGCAUUACUGUUAUCAAACGCCUCGCGAAGGGAAUCAACGCUGGGGGAAAUUGUUAACCAUAUGGCCAUAGAUUCGCAGUGCUUGAGCGAUGCAGUUCUGUACCUGAAUUUAUCUGUUGCUUCACCUCUGAUCAUUGCCAUUGCAAUAGGCGAACUGUGGCAGAUAAUAGGUCCCUCUGCCUUGGCAGGACUCGCAGUCCUCAUCCUUCUGAUUCCUACUAACAGCAUCCUGGCCAACAAAAUCAAGAUCUUACAAGUUAGUCAAAUGAAACACAAAGACAGCAGAAUCAAGCUGAUUACAGAGAUCAUCAAUGGUAUAAAAGUACUGAAGUUAUAUGCCUGGGAAGUAUCCUUUGCUGAGCAGGUUGACUCCAUUAGAAACAGUGAAAUCAAGGUCAUGAAAAAGAUAGCCUUCAUUCAAGCUCUGUUAAGCUUUGUUUUUAGCGCCACACCUUAUUUUGUAACGCUGGUUUCUUUCACUACCUUUGUGAUGGUGUCUGAGGAGAAUACACUUGAUGUUCAAAACACCUUUGUAGCAAUUGCCCUUAUCAACAUUUUGAGUCUCCCGUUAACAAUACUGCCCAACACAGUUGCCCACUGCAUACAGGCAAAUGUAUCUUUGAAGAGACUUGGGAAAUAUUUCAACUUAUCCAAUAUUGAUGUAGAUUCUGUAAAAGAAGAUAAAGAGGAAGAAUCGGCUGUUGCUAUCUAUGGAGGUCAUUUUAGUUGGGGUGACUUGACAAAUGAAGGACAUUGGAAGCUAAAGGAUAUUGACAUGAGAGUUGCUGACAAAAGUUUAGUUGCUGUGGUUGGAUCUGUUGGUGCUGGGAAGAGUUCCAUUGUUUCAGCUUUGCUUGGAGAAAUGCAGAUGGAAAAUGGAAGAGUCAUUGUAAAUGGUAAGAUAGCCUAUGUGUCACAGCAGGCAUGGCUGCAGAAUGCUAGUCUAAAGGAAAACAUCCUAUGGGGAGAAGAUUUUGAUGUCGCCAAGUACCAGAGAGUUAUAGAAGCCUGUGCUCUUCAACCAGACCUGGAUAUGUUACCAGGUGGAGAUGAGACAGAGGUUGGAGAAAAGGGGCUCAAUCUAAGUGGAGGACAAAAGCAACGGAUUUCUCUUGCUCGAGCAAUUUACAGCAACCCUGAUAUAUUAAUUCUGGAUGAUCCGCUGAGUGCUGUUGAUGCCCAUGUUGGCCGCCAUAUUUUUGAGAAGCUGAUUGGACCAGAAGGUCUCACAAAGAGCAAGACACGAAUUCUUAUCACUCAUGCUAUAUGGGUGCUGCCUCAGAUGGAUGAAAUCUUCGUCGUGGAAGAUGGCAGGGUAGUUGAGAGAGGAACCUACAAUAAGCUUUUAUCAGAGGGAGGAAAAUUUGCUCAAUUUCUUCUGCAGCACAUUACUUCAAGUGUAGAAGACGAGGAGGAGGAACUUGAGGAACUCUAUAACCAGUUGGAGGAUACGCCAGUUGGACAAGCUUUAUUGAGGCAGGUGUCUCUUUGUAACUCUGGAAGUGAUUUGAGAAGGGCAAAUGGUACCAGGCGAAGUAGGACCAUUAGCACAGAGAGUCAGUUCCAGAAUGAGUAUACCCAUAGUGUUCGCAAAAGCACUUCAACUUUAGAUGCAAAAAAGGAGGAGGGAACAAGUGAAGAAAUGACACAUAUUUUGGUAAAAGAAGAAAAUUUGGAAAAAGGAAAGGUGAAACUACAGGUGUACCAUUUUUACGCCUCAUCCAUGGGAUAUCUUCGAGCCCUCUUGCCAAUCCUUUUCUUUGUUUUUGCGCAGGGCAGCAAAGCUGGUAGCAACAUAUGGUUGUCAGAACAUUCAACGCCUGUAGGGAUGACUGGCAAUGUGACCAUUGAAGAAUUUGAUAGAUUCGAGUUUUUAUCUGGUUAUGGAGGUUUUGGCCUUGGACAGUGUUUCUUUUUCUUCACUGGUGCAAUCACUACAUGGACAGGCACACUGAAGGCUGCAAAAAAUAUUCAUCAUGACCUUCUGCACAACAUCCUUCAUCUUCCUAUGAGUUUUUUUGACACAAACCCCAGUGGUAGGGUCAUGAAUAGAAUGAGCAAAGACAUGGAUGCGCUAGAUUCUGUGCUACCUCUCGUAAUAAAUGCUUUUUUGUCCGCUUUUGCUCAGGUUGUAAUGACAAUGGUCGUCAUAAUCGGUUCCACCCCAGUGGUAGCUGUUGUCAUCAUUCCUGUGUUAGGGGUGUACUAUUUUGUCCAGAAAAUUUACAUAACUUCUGCCAGACAAAUUAAGCGAAUUGAAUCCCUUGCCAAAUCUCCCAUCUUUUCAUUCUUCAGUGAAAGUCUUCAAGGUGUAUCUACAAUUCGAGCAUUCAAGAAACAAGGAAACUUUGUUAGAGUGUGUAGGGAGAGAGUUGAUGAUGCUGCAAAGGCUUUUGUGACAAAUGUUGCAACAAAUAGAUGGCUCUUAGUACGGCUAGAAACUUUGGGAAACCUUAUCACCUUUGCGACUGCCAUAUUUGCAGUUGCUGGCAGGGGCUCUAUUGAACCUGGGAUUGUAGGACUGUCGAUCACUUACGCACUUGAAGUGACUUUCAUCAUGAACUCAAUGGUCAGAAAUGCUAGUGAGGUGGAAGCCAACAUUGUCUCUGCAGAGAGGAUCCAGGAAUACAUUAAAGAAGAACAAGAAGCUUCCUGGACUACAGACGCCACAAAGAAAAGUCCUGCAAACUCAUGGCCUGACAGAGGAUGUAUUAAAUUCAAUAAGUAUAGGUCAAGGUACAGACCAGGUCUUGAAUUGGUAUUAAAAGGUAUCACUUGUGAAGUGAAAGCCGGCGAGAAGGUAGGAAUUGUAGGAAGAACUGGUGCAGGCAAAUCCUCCCUAACACUUGGACUAUUCAGAAUUGUUGAGGCAGCAGGGGGUUCAAUUGAAAUUGACAGAGUGAACAUUGCAGAGAUUGGCCUUCAUGAACUGAGAGGAAAACUCACUAUUAUACCUCAGGAUCCAGUUAUAUUCAGUGGUACACUCAGGAUGAAUCUAGAUCCAUUCAGUGAACACAGCGAUACAGAUGUGUGGAAAGCGAUACAAAAUUCUCAUUUAGAAGACUAUGUAAAAGCACAAGCAAGUGGUCUCAACACAACUAUAGAUGAAGGAGGUAGCAAUCUUAGCAUUGGCCAGCGACAACUUGUAUGUUUGGCGCGGGCUCUGCUAAGAAAAGCAAAAAUACUAGUUUUAGAUGAAGCGACAGCUGCUGUUGAUUUGGACACUGACAAUCUCAUUCAGGAGACCAUACGAAGAGAGUUUGCCGAUUGUACAAUCCUGACAAUAGCUCACCGUCUCCAUAACAUCAUGGACAGUGACAGAGUGAUGGUUCUAGAUAAGGGAUUUAUAGCAGAAUUCAGUACCCCAUCGGAUUUACUUUCAAAUAAACAUUCCAUCUUCUAUGGCAUGGCAGAAGAUGCAGGUCUCACAUAAACUCGUCUAACAUAACCUCCUUCAAUCUAAAAAGACAAUUAAUUGAGAUGUGGAAAGAUACAUUUUGAUCAUGUUAUCCUUAGAUAUAAUUGUAUUUUUUUGCAGAUCUAAAAUCUUUUAGUGAUAACGUAAAAAAAGUAUGCAUUUGUUCCCUUCCCACAAAAUUCUACAAAGUGUUACGACUUCUUGAGAUUUUGCUGGAUUGUGUUGACAAAGGUGUAAAAAAGGUUGGAUUAAAAUGAAAGCUCGUUA